AUGGCCGCUCAAGAAGGAAACACUUUGGAACCAGCCACAGCGCCUACCCUACCUGUUCCACCCAUCGUGAACUCCUCUACAUCUGGAGUAACAUGUAAGAGUAUUCUAUUGCAUGCUCCACAGCAGGCUACAGCUGCCAGUACAGCCAUGCUACCCCGAAAACAAUUCGCGGAUUUAAUCAACGUUUAUUUUAAUCGAUCUAAAGACGAGUUUCUCAUCUCUGGAGAGCACUAUAUCCCCUUAGCACACUUCCUCGACCCUCAAGGUUUUCCAGCCCGGAAACGAUCUUUAGAGUCAAGGAUAGAGAGACCUGUUGUGUUCGUACACGUCAAUAAUGAGAAAGAGCCCAAAACGCGGGUAUUGAAGUAUGAUGCUUUUGGUGGGAGCGCUAUCUUUUCUAAUCUAGCUCCUCCGGAUUUGCAUUCGUCGCAUAUUGUCUUCAUGACUGGGUGGCAGACUGGCGAAUGGCUUCGGGUUCUGGGCGCACAGUGUCACAUUGAUCCGGAGCUCUUUCGUCGCCACCUCAGUUUCCUGGACAACGUCGAUUUCUUUGACCUUCCUCCACUGCCCUCGAAAUGUUUUAGUAUUUGGAGACUCCGGGUGACGACAAUUUGUAAUCGUCAGGUUGAACUGAGCCGGCAAGCUGUAAAGCAGGGGAGGGAUACCGACCUCGAGGUCGUGAAACGAUACCAAAAUGAAUUGAACGCGAGCGGAGUUGCUGGAAGCUCAAUAAUCCGCCGCUAUGCCGUUCACAAUGAGGCGGUGUUCACUUUAGAGCAAGACAUCUCAAUAUCAGUUCACAGGAAGAAGAAUGGUGGAUGGUUAGGUAUGGUAUGGCUCGAUAUUGGAAGCAGUCUCGAGGAUGGCCCAAGUGGCCCAUGGAACAACCAUAACAACAGUCCAAGAGCCGCCACCAGUGCGUUUCUGCCCAGAGUACAACAAAAACCGAACGCCGCCUUGUAUCCACCCGAUCUCGAAGACCUUAUAUACGAACAACCUCGAAACCUUGAUAGAAUUGAAUCGGUGAUCGGCCGACAUUCGCAAAGCGCGACGCUUCUUCCAAUGCAAUACGGGCUGUCCCUUGAUCGUGAUACUAUGUGGCAAGAUGCGUUGUACGCGUUCAGCGAUCUUUUGAAUUUUGUCGCGAGCUCCGAAAAUCAAUUCAUCAACUAUAUGGAGGAGCAAGUGAAGGCCGCCAGUCGUGUCUUUCGAGGUCAGGAAGAAUGGUCGCUAGAGACACUGAAGUAUAGCAAAGCCUUGUUAGACGAGCACAUUAGCAACAUAGAAAGGACAAUUUCUUACCUGGAAAUUGAAGGUGAGCCAGAUUUUCCCCGCGCAAUGACUUCCCCAGGACUAGGGAAGAGCCAAGCGACUCGCAAAAUGUUGAUGGGAGACUUCAAAUACUUGCUUGCGCACACUAAAUCCGCUUCGGCUGCUGCAAGAGAGGGCAUGGCCAUCAUACUGGAAGAUGUCAUGCUUAGAGAUGCGAGGAAACAGAUAGGCCAAGCUCGGGAAGUCGGACGCUUAUCAUUGCUGGCAUAUUUCUUUCUACCUUUAUCGUUAGUGACAAGUAUCUUCGGGAUGAAUUUCGUCACGUUCAGCGAUUGGAAAGCAGCAGUGGGAACGAGUCUUGCCGUCUACAUUGCUGUGAUGGUGAUCUCAUUGGCACUCGCGUUCUGGGAUCAUAUGCCAUGGAAACGAUCAUAG